UUUACAAUUUUUUAUAAGCCAUUUUAUUUUAUUUAUAACAAGUUUUAGUCAUUAGCUAUAUAUAAUGGCUGCUGGUACAGGAAAAUGUACAUUUGGGAAUCGAGCACCAAUCGACAUUAACAUGCUCAAUGAAAUAAUAUCCAGGGAAGUCAAACAUUUCCGCAAUUAUAAAACUUAUCGACCUAAUUUCAAAGCCGUACCAAUAGCUUCUAAGUUUUAUGCAGCCCAUGAUAAAAUGAAACAUAACAAAGAAGAAGAUAAAAAAAUAGAAGAAUAUAGAAAAGAAGUAGGGCAAGCAAGAGCCCUGGGACCGCACAGUAAAUACUCUUUUCCUGUUACCACCAGCCAUGAAUACGGUUGGUAUUCCAAACCAUUGUAUGCACUGGACCGAAGUGACCGUCGUUACUACCAUCCGACAAGAGAGAGCAUACACACUAAAAUUGAAGUUAUUAUACAAAUGUCAAAUCCAACGAAAAAGAAAUGAUUUUAACCCAGUUGAGGGAAAGAAAACCUUUUAUAGUCUCUUAUACUUUUAGUUUAUAUAUACUUUAUACUAGUAGAAUAAAUAGAACUAUACAAAAUAAAAGAUUUAAGUUUAU